AUGAUUUCCAAAUCAGUAUUGAAAUUGAGCUGUUUCAGGAAUUUAAGAGGAUCUCUUUUGGCAAAUGGACGGUUCUAUUCUACUCCUGUAGAAAACACUGAACAUGAACAACCGGACACUAUUGAAAUUGUACCAACAGUAUCAGAUCUUAGUAAAUCUUGCUCUUUUGAGGAAGAUGUGAAGGUAUCUUUGGUUGGACACUUACAAUCUAGGUUUCUUGUGGAAUCUAUAACUAGUGAUGAUUUGUUUGCAUUAACAGAGCAAGGUUCGACAAAGAAAUUUAAACUCUAUUGUGGAGCGGACCCUACGGCCAAGUCAUUACAUCUAGGAAAUUUGCUCCCACUUAUGGCCUCCCUUCACUUUCAUUUACGUGGUCACGAUGUGGUAGGAUUAGUUGGGGGAGCCACCGGAGCCGUUGGUGAUCCUAGUGGCAGAAGCACUGAAAGGACUAUGCUUGCCAACGAAGAAAGGGUGGAAAAUGUUAAGGAGAUAGAGCACCAGAUAUUGACAUUCUUACAGAGAGGAGUUGAGUAUGCUAAGUCCAGAAACUUUCCUAUAAGAGAGGGAGCAAAAAUCACCACUGUCAAUAAUGCCAAGUGGUGGGAGUCUAUCAAAAUGCUUGACUUUUUAGCAAAGUAUGGGCGUCAUAUAAGGCUUUCAGCUAUGCUUGCUCGUGAUUCUAUUCAGCUGAGGCUCAAUUCCAAGCAAGGUUUAGGGUUUAAUGAAUUUACAUACCAGAUAUUACAAGCGUAUGAUUUCUGGCACUUGUUUAAAGAAUACGAUGUUAACUUACAGAUUGGAGGAAAUGAUCAAUGGGGUAAUAUAACUGCUGGGACUGAUUUGAUUUCAAGAUUGCAACGUCAACCUGGAGAAGGUCAAGCAAAGUCUGAAUCUUGCUAUGGUAUGACAGUUCCACUUUUGACGACACCUACUGGUGAAAAAUUUGGGAAAUCGGCUGGAAAUGCUGUUUUCAUUAAAAGCGAUCUAACCACUCCAUAUCAGUUGUAUCAAUACUUUAUUAAUGUUCCCGAUGAGUUAGUAGGAAAGCUUUUAAAGAUAUUUACUCUUUUGCCCAUGAACGUCAUCGAUACUAAGAUUUUAGCUAAGCACGAAAGUGAUCCUGGUAACAGGAUUGCCCAGAGGGUAUUGGCAAGGGAGGUUGUUGAUUUAAUUCAUGGGGUUGGUGUCGGCGAUGAGAUGGCCUAUAUCACUAGCUUUUUGUUUCCUACACCAGAUCAACCAUUUGACGAUAGCAUUUCUGCGAGUAAAUUGAUAAAGAACUUCAGGAGAUCAGGUAUCCUUGUUAGGAUACCUUUUGAUGAAUUCGAAGACAUAGAUAAUUUGAAAAUGAGCUCACUAUUGGCAAAGAUAAUGCAUAAAUCCAAAACGGAAACAAAGAAUUUGAUAAAGGCUGGAGGUGUUUAUUUGGGCUUGGAUAGACAUCAGUUCAUAGAUCCCGAAGAUGUUGUUCUCUUUGAUAAAGAAAACUAUCUCAUUGAUGACAAGUUAUUACUUGUUAGAACCGGUAAGCAGAAUUAUUAUGUGGUAGAGUUCUAUUAA